UGACCCACGCUGAUAAGUGUGCGAGGUUCAAAAUACACGCCGAACAACGCUGUAACUAGUACGCUAUUAUUGGCUUUCUAAUAUUAGUAUUUGUUUGUCUGACAGCGAAAUCGCUUAACGUUAUGGGGAGGAUAAUCUUACUUUCACCGCUCAGUUUUUGUCCAUAUCAAAAUGAUUGUGUUUGAUUGCGAGCAUUUUGCAUGGAGUUUGAACUUGACUGACUUAAGGAACUGUUUAAGGAUUUUUUGGUUAUGCGUUUAUUUAAAAUGACCUUCUUAUCCAGCAGUAGUAUAGUUAAAAACUGAAGUCCUACAGGCCCCUGUUUUUUUAAACCUUUGUUUUUUUCCUUUACAGUAGGUGGCAACAAUGAACAUUAAAGUUGUAAAACCCGCCAACGUAAAAGGGCAUUGAACAGCAGAGCUGAUAGCACAUCGCACCCCUUGACUUUUCAUUAUUUGCAAACACGCCAAUAAAAAGGUGGACUUUUAGAAACCAAAAAAAUGUCAAACUGUGACGCUUUCAAGGUGCAACUAGUCUCCAUCAUGGACAUGUUUGUCCAAGAGGCCGUACUGGCGAUGGGUAAGUUGUUUGACGAGGGCUCUUCGGUCAUUUUGCGUGUGGAGUUAACACGGGAUCUGGAUGAGGACGCUGAAGUUUUAAGGAAGAAAUUACAGACCGAUAGCAAACUACGGACGAUCCGAUUCGCGUCCGCCCUGGAGACUUUGCGUAAUGUUGCCGUGGAACAAAUAAUACGACUGGUGGAUGAGACGAAGGUGCUGGUGCUGGCGCGCGGCGCGGAGAGGAGGGCGACUCUGCAGGCGCGCGAGGGGAGCGCGCGGGCGGCGGCCCCGGGGAGUCGCUGGCGCGCCUGCGCCGUUGGGCCGGGCGAGAGAAUGUCCUUGGAAGAAGAAGAAGAAGAAAACUCUAAAUCCGCUCCGAGGAAUGAGUCCCCAGACACAAAGGAGGAUGUUUCUGAGGUGCUCUUGACUGGAGAAGCGCGGCUCAGAGAUGCCCUUGGAAACGAUUCCCCGGAAGGCGCAGCAAUCGAAUCUGCUGGCAAUGAUGGAAAGGGGACCGAGCAUCGAGACUCUGGAGGUGUCGAUGCUGACGGGAACGGCCCGUUUCCGGAAUCCGGGCUUGGCCCUGAGCGGCAGCAACCGACGGGCGUAGAUCUGGAAGAUGAUUUUGAUGUCGGGGAAGACGACUGCCACCAAAGCAGCGGGUGUUUCGAGGCUCUUGGGAAGGCGGGAAGAGGAGAGAAACCGUUCAGUUGCAACAGCUGUGAGAAGUGUUUCUUUAAGCUUAGCCACCUGAAAUCGCACCAGCGAAUUCACACGGGAGAAAAACCGUUUUGCUGCGCCCACUGUGGGAAGAACUUCACACAGAAACACAGUCUCACUGAGCAUCAGAGGAUCCACACGGGUGAGAAACCGUACGGCUGCGACCUGUGCGGUAAGAGUUUCAGUAAGGCCGCCCACCUCAAAACUCACCAGAUAAUCCACACCGGAGAGAAACCGUUCAGCUGUACUAUAUGUGGAAAGAGCUUUACUCUGGCUCAAAACCUAAACAGGCAUCAGCGAAUCCAUACCGGAGAGAAGGCGUUCAGCUGCGUUGUGUGUCAGAGGAGUUUCACACGAGCCGUCACUCUGAAAAUACACAUGCUGAUUCACACGGGACAGAAACCCUUCAGCUGCGUUACCUGCGGGAAGAGUUUCCGCCAAGCGGUCAACCUGAAAAUACAUCAGCGGAUCCACACGGGACAGAAGCCCUUCAGCUGCUCCAUGUGUGGGAAGAACUUCCGCCAGGCUGUGAACCUUAAGAUCCAUCAGCGCGUUCACACAGGAGAGAAACCGUUCGGCUGUGAAGAUUGCGGAAAGAGUUUCACUCAACAAAGCAACCUGAGUUUGCACCGGCGAAUUCACACGGGGGAGAAACCAUACAGUUGUGUUAUCUGCAGCAAAAAGUUCAGCAACGCUUAUAGUCUCAAAUUGCAUCAGCGCAUCCACACGGGGGAGAGACCGUACAGUUGUGACAAGUGCAACAAGACUUUUAGCCAAGGUAGCCAUCUCCGGACACACGAGAGAAUUCAUACGGGCGAGAAAUUGUACAUGUGCGAUAAAUGUGGGAAGAGCUAUUCCGACCUGCGAAACCUUAGGCUGCACAAGUGUGUUUACUAGUGAAAGAAUUUCCAUACAGCAUAUGGGAAUUUUCACUAUCAUUUUGCAGGCCCAGAUUUUGUUUUGAGAGCAGUUGAAAACUUUUUUUCCCCCAAAUUUAGAUGAUAAAAGAUAUGUUUAAACCAGAUUUUGGUUGUACAUUAUUAUUUGGAUUUCAAUGCAUUUUAUAUGUUAACAGACUAUUGAUAAGUAGGGCGAUUCCUUCAUAUCACAUUCCUAACUUUGAUAUUCCCGUCAUCCAUUUACAGAGCUGGAAACUGGUAUAAUCUUCUUGCUUGGGUACAUUAUGAGACCUGUUCAGGACUCUGCUUGCUACCUGCUGCCUGGGUUGUGAUUAACCUUUCAUAUGGUGUUUUUGAGGUAUCUCAUUAUUAUGCACCCCGCUGGUGACUUUCAAAGUCUUUACUUGGCCUACAAAUAAAAUUCAAUAUAUAGCGGA